AUGGAAACAGUUAAUGAUCAAAACAAAACGGGAAAUGAGAAACUUCUUAUUCAUUCUCUCGACAAAGAGGAAAAUAUUAAUUAUUUUGCUAUGGGUGAGUCAUUUGAAACAAUAAGAAAUGAAGAGAAUCCCUCACAAAAUAUUGGAUUUUCAAGACAAUUUAAAUUUCAUAAGGAUGAUUUUAAGGAAGUUAAAAAACCUGCUGAAAUUCUUUCUCCUUUCGAGCCUAUGUUAACUUAUCAUAACUUUAUUGCUGUGUAUUGGAAGAUAUCAUUAAUGUUUACUAAAAAUAAUACUUUUGACGUUAUAGUGUCAUACAUUGGACCAACUAAAAAAGUAAAUGACAUUCCGAAGGGAUCAUUAGGACCAAACUUCUUUCAUAAACAAACAGCUCCAGUUUCAAUAAAAGGAAAUGUUAAAGUUGGCCAUAAAAUAAAUGAUCAUUUUGAAUGUUGUGGUGAUGAACAGUUAACUCCAAUGGGGACAACAGUUAAAGUUUAUGUUGCUUCAAAUGUUGUUAAAAAAGAUGAUUUGGAUGAAAUACUUAAAACAAGUGACUUUUUGUAUCUUGAUGUAUCAAUUGUUAUCAACAAAGAUUAUUUUAAUAUUGAUAACUUUGUUAAAAAUGCUUUAGGAACAGGAUCUGGUAAAAAUGAAAUGACAUUAGCAACAGUUUUAAGAAAAGAGAAACAUGGAACUUGUGAUUUUGUUUUUACAGUUGGAGAGGCAUCUAAAAAUAAUGCAGUUGAUUUUUUUGUUCAUAAGUCAAUACUUAGUCAAACAUCACCAACUUUAGCCAAUAUAUUUAGUGGUACCAAAACAGUUUCAACUGAUCAACUUUGUAUUAUUAGUAAUGAAAAUAGAAUAGUUUUUCCUUUCCUAUCCGAAAAUGACAUGAAAAUAAUUUUGACAUAUCUUUAUUCAGGUGAUGUAGAACUUCCUAAAUUUGACUCAUAUGCUAAAGUUGGUCGUGUUUUAUCUAUACUUGUUUCAAAAAAUGAUCUUUUAGAAAUAUUUAAGCAAUGGGAUCAACAAAUGGCUAAUUUCCUUCUUGAUCUUAAUCGUGAAAAUGAUGAUGAAAAAAUGAUUACAGCUACAGUUAAGUCAUUAAUUGCAAUUUAUAGUGCCCCAUUUGGUGCUUUACCAUUAUCUAAAAGAAUUUCUGUAGCAAUUCUAGCUUCUAAAAUUAAUGAAUAUAAUGUAACUCAAAAAAACAUCUUUGAAUCUCAAGAAUUACGUGGAAUAAUUAGUCGCUGUAACAUUGACAGACAAUUAAAUUCUGUUAUGGAAUUUAAAUAUCAUGUUAUAUGUACUAAAAAAGAAUAUGUAAAGUAA